AUGGAUGUUGGAUGCUGCGGAGUUGUUCUUCUCAUGAUACUGGCUAUUGCACCAGUAGCAAUAGCAGGAGCAACAAAGUCUGCUGUGAAUUUGGAGGCUGAGGCACUGCUCAAGAGUGGCUGGUGGGGAGACAGCAGUAUUAUUGCAACAAACAUCUCUGCCCACUGCCAGUGGCCUGGUAUCCUUUGCAACGAUGCUGGUAGCGUUACCGAAAUACUACUUCCGGGCUGCGGAAUUAACGAUGAGUUGACAAAUUUCAGCUUCUCUUCUUUUCCGAACCUGGUUAGUCUAGAUCUCAGUGGAAAUAAACUUUAUGGAACCAUCCCACAUCAAAUAGGUGCACUCACCCAUCUCACUCUGUCAAAUAAUUUUAUCGAAGGCUUUAUUCCCUACUCCAUCGGAAACUUGACAAAUUUGGUUACUCUAGACUUGGGCUACAAUUCUUUUUCUGGUUUCAUCCCUUCCACUCUUGGCCUAUUGCCCAAUCUAGAAUUCCUGGACCUCAACAAUAACCACUUCAGUGGGGUAAUUCCUCUGACACUUUCUAAUUUGACAAAGCUUUCCUGGCUAUACAUUCACGGGAAUCCCGCAAUGGGAGGAGUUCUCCCAGAACAAAUAGGAAGGUUGAAGAGUUUACUUGAAUUAGACUUGAGUUACUGUGGAUUUUUUGGCAGCAUCCCUCCAACUCUUGGCCACUUAUCUAAUCUACACUCCCUUGACCUCAGCACUAACUACUUCAGCGGGACAAUUCCUUCAACUCUUUUUAAUUUGACAAAUCUUUCCCGACUAGACAUUCACUCAAAUCCCGCAAUUGGAGGAUUUCUCUCAGAAGAAGUAGGAAAUUUAAAGAGCUUAGUUGAAUUAGACUUCAGUGGCCUUAAUCUUUCAGGUGCCUUUCCUUUAGCUCUUUGCGGCCUAACCAAACUAGCAUCUCUUUCAAGUGCUGAAAAUCAAAUUUAUGGUUCCAUUCCCUCUGAAAUAGGAAAUUUGAAAAUUUUGAAAUAUCUCGAUCUUGGGUCCAACCGGCUGACUGGUCAAAUCCCUCCGACCCUUGGCAAUCUGACUACUCUAGUUAAUUUGGACCUCUCUUCUAACCAAAUGAGCGGUUCCGUACCUCUUCAACUUUCCAACAUACCUUCUCUAAGAUUUCUAGAUCUUUCCUAUAAUGCUUUGGAAGGUGAACUUCCGUGUGAGCUUGUCAAUAAGUUUGGUUCAGAAAGAUUUGUCGGCAAUCCAGACUUGCGUUGCCCUUCCACUCUUUGUGGUGCAUCUCCUUGUGUUAUGGGAAAUCAUAGACAUCACCCCCCAUACUACAUCAUAGGUCUUGGCGUGUCCUUGUUGGUGUUCUCAUUAAUUGGCGGAUUAGUGCUCUAUAUCUUCUGCAAAACCAAAGUCAAGAAAGUGGAAGUUGAGCUGAUGGACAAUAAACAUGGAGACAUUUUCAGAAUAUGGAACUACGAUGGGCAAAUGGCUUAUGAAGACAUAAUUAAAGCAACAAACGAUUUUGAUGUCAGUUAUUGCAUCGGGACAGGGGGUUAUGGCAGCGUGUACAGAGCUCAGUUGCCAAGUGGGAAAGUAGUGGCUUUGAAAAAGCUUCACCGUUUGGAAGGCGAGAAUCCAAAUUUUGACAAGAGCUUUAGGAAUGAAGCCGACAUGCUCUCUAAAAUCAGGCAUCGGAACAUUGUAAAGCUCUUUGGAUUCUGUCUGCACAAGCGAUGCAUGUUUCUGAUUUAUGAGUACAUGGAGAGAGGAAGCUUAUUUUGUAUCUUGAGAGAUGAAACUGAAGCUGUGGAGCUGGAUUGGAUUAAAAGAGUGAAUUUGAUCAAGGGCAUUGCCAGUGCAUUGUCCUACUUGCAUUACGAUUGUGAUCCGCCAAUCAUUCACAGGGAUGUAUCAAGCAACAACAUUCUUUUGAAUUCACAGCUCGAAGCAACUCUUUCUGACUUUGGAACUGCGAGGAUUUUGGAACUUGAUUCAUCAAAUCAAACGGUCAUUGCAGGCACCUUUGGUUACAUGGCACCAGAGCUAGCCUAUACCAUGGUGGUCACUGAAAAGUCCGAUGUGUAUAGCUUUGGAGUUGUGGUGCUGGAAACGCUGUUUGGAGAGCAUCCACAAGAUUUCCUUUCUUGCAUAUCAUCACAACCCAAUGAACCAAUAAUGCUGAAGGACCUUCUAGAUGCCCGUCUGCCCCCUCCGACUAACCCUUUGGUGGUUCGAAAUGUGGUUCUCGGGACAGCGUUAGCCCUGGAUUGCGUCAACGCAAACCCGAAAUGUCGACCAACAAUGCAGCAAGUGGUGAACCGAUUUGAAGCGGGCAGGCGAGAACCAACUAGGCCUUUGCACACCAUUGCUGUGAAUCAGCUUGUUAGUCCACCAGUACUUUCACUGCCUGACCAAACCUACGCAGAUGGGACGAGUAGCUUAAGCACCAAAAAUGAAUUCCAUGUGGAUAUCUCUGCGACUCUGCCAUCAUCCAAUUUUUCUAUCCAUGUUUCUACCUAAACAAAAUUGACAUCUGGUAGGAAACAGAAUAAGAUCGUGCUUUGGAAAAUGGAAACUUGACAAAGCACUUAGAUUGCU